ACAUGAGCUUAGAAUGUGAAUUCUCUAUAUGUAAAAACAUAUAUAAGAGAAUCUAAAACACUGUCGUAGAAAGAAAAAAAAUAUGGACUUAAGAUUAGCUAUGUGUAGAAAAAAAGCAUUAGCGUUAGCAUUAUUUUCCAUUUAUUUCCUGUCAACGGAUGCUAGAGGAUCAUUUCCUGCGCUUUUGGCUUUUGGAGAUUCAAUACUCGAUACCGGUAACAACAAUUUCCUACUGACUUUUAUGAAAGGAAAUAUCUGGCCAUAUGGGAAGAGUUGGACCAUGAGAAUCCCCACAGGAAGAUUUGGAAAUGGAAGAGUUUUCUCCGAUAUUAUUGCCGAAGGUUUGGGGAUCAAAAAAGUACUACCAGCUUAUCGUAAGUUGUUCGUUCCUCCAAGCGAGCUUAAAACCGGUGUUUGUUUCGCAUCAGGUGGUGCAGGAGUCGACCCUGUUACAUCCAGACUGAUGAGAGUUUUGAAGCCAAAGGAUCAAGUAAACGAUUUCAAAGGGUACAUAAGGAAGCUAAAGGCCACGGCAGGUUCUUCAAGAGCAAAAGACAUAGUUGCAAACGCAGUGAUUCUUGUUUCUCAAGGAAAUAAUGAUAUUGGAAUCUCAUAUUUUACGACUCGAUCUGCUAUUAUGCGAGGAAUGACUGCCGGUAGAUACACCACUAAACUAGCUGGCUGGAAUAAACAGUUUAUGAAAGAUUUAUAUGAUCAAGGAGCGAGGAAAUUCGCGGUGAUGGGAGUGAUACCGUUGGGAUGCUUGCCUAUGACGAGAAUCGGGAAAGGGUGUUGUUGUAUGAUUUCGUCAAUAGUACCAUGCCCCAACCCAGAUAAAUACGUCUUCUAUGACUUUGUUCAUCCCUCCGAGAAAUCCUACAAAAUUAUUUCUAAAAAGCUUGUCGCGGAUAUCAAGAAUGGCCUUGCCUGAUUCCUUUUGCAAUGCUUUAUUUUAAUCUUAAUAACAGCCAUCGUUAAUAAUAUACAUAUAUGAGAAGACAAAAAUCAUACAUGCAUGGGCGAUCUUUCAGUUUUUACAUAAACCAAUGUAUAAUCCAGUUUAAAGAAAAAAUGUAUUAUGUAUCCCUUAUUUAUUUCAUAAAAUCCCAGAACAACAAAGGCGUUUGCUUACAAAUGUAUACUGAAGAGCUUUUUUCUUUUUUUACGACAUA